AAUUCAAAAACAUUGUUUCCUUCUUCUCAAUUUUCUCUCUUCCUCAAUUUUCUCUCUUCUCUCUUUCUCUCUCUUUCCGCCGAUUCAGAUCUCAUCUUCGAGAGAGUGAAGAAGAAGAAGAGAAGGAGAAUUCAAUAAAAUGGCGGCAGUUUCGCCAUUAGCAAAAUACAAGCUGGUUUUCUUGGGAGAUCAAUCUGUUGGAAAAACUAGCAUCAUUACUCGCUUCAUGUACGAUAAAUUCGACACCACCUACCAGGCUACCAUUGGUAUUGAUUUUUUGUCCAAGACAAUGUACCUUGAAGAUCGAACAGUUCGCUUGCAGCUCUGGGAUACUGCUGGUCAGGAGAGAUUUAGGAGUCUUAUUCCGAGCUACAUCAGAGAUUCUUCUGUCGCUGUAAUUGUGUACGAUGUUGCCAACCGCCAAUCAUUUCUAAACACUUCAAAGUGGAUUGAGGAAGUACGUACCGAACGGGGCAGUGAUGUCAUAAUCGUUCUUGUUGGGAACAAAACUGAUCUUGUUGAUAAAAGGCAAGUAUCCAUUGAAGAAGGCGAAACCAAGGCUCGUGAAUUUAACGUAAUGUUCAUAGAAACCAGUGCUAAAGCUGGAUUCAAUAUCAAGCCUCUGUUCCGAAAGAUUGCUGCUGCUUUACCGGGAAUGGAAGCCCUUUCGUCCACAAAGCAAGAAGAUAUGGUUGAUGUGAAUUUGAAGCCUACCUCAAAUUCAUCGCACACAGAGCAGCAAGGAGGAGGUUGCGCAUGCUAGAUUUUGUAUGUAACAAGAGAGAUAAGAAGUUGAACAUACACAAAGAAGAAGUUGCAUCCAACUAUACUAUUAUAGAUGGUCAAUUAGCUCAUUUGCUAGAUAUUGAUGAGGUUUGGAACAAUUUUGGGUUUUUAUUCACGUCGUACCACAAGUUCUUUCAAUUCUGAUGGUGAGGUAGCUGAUAACUCUGUGCUCUAUAAAACCAUUAAAGAUUCAGUGGUUACUGUUAAAACUUGUGAUUAUAUAUCUUGUGAUUCCUAGUUCAGGAAUCCUUUUCUUUUUAACCAUUUCUUAGCAGAAUAUACAAAGAAAUGGCAUUUGUAACUGUCUUCAUCUCAGUAUUUGUGCUACCGCCUUAUGUUGAUUUUCUUCAGUUGCUAUUAAAAAGGUUCAAGCGUUCCCUGUUA